AGUUAGUGAGAUGGGGAUGAGUUAGUGAGAUGGGGAUGAGUUAGUGAGAUGGGGAUGAGUUAGUGAGUUGGGGAUGAGUUAGUGAGAUGGGGAUGAGUUAGUGAGAUGGGGAUGAGUUAGUGAGUUGGGGAUGAGUUAGUGAGAUGGGGAUGAGUUAGUGAGUGAGGGAUGAAUUGGGGGUGAGUUGAUUAUGUGGGAUGAGUUGGGGAUAUGUUGAGGGGAGGUAUUGAGGUGGGGUGGUAAUCAUCCUGACCUCAUUAGUGCUGAAUGCAAUCAAAUCCUCACAGUCAUGCUUCAGUAUAAAAUCUCCUCUGUACAGCAGAGACAGUUACUCCAACAAAAUCCGAUAAUCUCUUUAUAUACAGUGAAUUAACCAGUAGUGAGUUUAUAUAGUGUGUUGUGUUUAUUUCAGGCUUUUACUGUGUAGAAAAUAUAUUACUCCAUAUUUAUAUUUAUUUAUUUAUAAAUAUUGAUUUUGUGGUUUGCUCUUCAGUGUAGUGGUUAGUGGUCUGUGUGUGUGUGUGAGUGUGUGAGAGAGGGGGCGGGGCUUAGUGAGAGCUCAGUGCUGCAGUAUUGCUGCUCUCGGCUGCAGGCGACUCGACUGCUGCUCUUCAGCUUAUUUAUGUUUUUAAAUUGGUUUAUUUAUUUAAAUUUAGAUUAAUUUAUAUUAAUAGUUAGUUUUGUGUGUUUUGGAUCUGAUUUUAAUUUUGAUACAGGUAUGUAGAUAUUUAAUACUUUAGUUUUAUUAUUAAUGUUACUGUAAGUAGUUCUGUAUUAUAAACUGUUUAUUAUUGUGGUGUAUCCAGUAUGAGUCAGGCAGUAGUGAGCAGUGUGAGCAGGCUGAGCACGAUAUCAGAGACGGAUUCCGAUCUGGAACCCGGUUCCCCCGUCUCGGUGGGCGGCGGCCAGUGGGCCGGCUCCAGAACUUUACUCUGCUCCAACCAGAAACCCAGCCUGGACAGCAGCACUUUCACCAGCCUCAACUCACUACUGCCCGACGCUGGAGAGGACUGCGCCUCCAUCCUGCUGGCCUGUCUGCACUGCCGCUUCUCUAAAGCGCUGGCGAUGCUGCCGGGCGCCGGUGAGCGAGCGCUGGCCCGGUGCUGCCCGGCUUACAUCCACUACCGAGCCGCCGGCGAACAAAACCCGGCUACCGACACCGGCAACCGCAAACUGGAGCUGGACUGCGGCCUCCUGAACUGCUGCCAGGAAACCAGCGACUUACUGGAGCUAGCCAUGGAGAUAUCAGAGGUCUGCUACCGCUAACAGCGCUAACAGUGCUAACAGCACCAGGAGAAGCUCUGAUCCAAGAACCCGCCCGUUCAGACCACAGGAACCGCACACAGUGUUUAUUAGAUUAUUAUGUGAUCUAUUUGUUGUAAUUCAGGUUCUUGGUAAUAAAAAUCUUAUACUGUUGGAAAAUCUGUUUCUCUUUUAAAUGUCCUCUUCCUCUAAAAUCCUCUUGUUCUUGUUGUUUGUGAAAUACAGCAGGUCUCUCUGAGUUGUUUAUGAUGCUGCACAUGAAACUCUUCCUCAACCUCUUCCUCAUUGUCUGCAGCAGCUAGUACAAGAAAAUAUUCAGAAAAACGAGUCGAUCAGAGAAAUGUUAUGUGUUAGCAUCAACCAGUGAUUACAGCUCUGUUUACAGAGCUAGUUACUGUUAGCUAUCUUGUGUAAGUAACUGUAGGAUUAAAUUGGAUCUCCAGUGGAUUCCACGUUUUACAGAAACCUU